AUGUAUAACUUAGUAGUAGUCGUUUGCGGUUGAGAUUUAUUUUUAGAUAUUGCGGUUUUAUAUAUAUAGUUAUUAGAAAUUGCAUGGAAACCAGUCGAGUUCUACUUAUCAACAAACUACGACACACAAUUAAAUUUGUAAAACCAAUAGCGGUUGUUGUUAUUGAAAUCCAAUCAGUCAAAAUGGAAAGCGUCUCUAAAAUGAGCACUGAAAUAGUAAAGCAGACCAGGAAACUAGCGACAAUUUUGAAAACUAAAGCUGAAAUCACUACACAUAUUGGUAUUAUUCGAAAAAACAUCAAGUUAGUGGAAAGUUCAAUUAAGGAAAAGGAUGCGUUUCGUAAUGAGAAUUUAAGUAAGUUGGAGAAUAAUUUGGCCAUUUUGCGAUGUUACUUGACAAAGUUUAAAAGGAUGAAAAACAAUUUUACUAAAAAAGUUGGUGCAGGGAUUAAAGCUAGUACUAGUAGUGGUAGUAAUACUGAUAAAUGUAAACUGACGUGGAAAACGGUUGAAAGUGGGUUCAAAAAUAGAUUAAUAACAGGUAUUAUUUCUAAUAUAGAUGUAAAGGAUCCUUUAGUUUUUCUACAGGAUGCAUACAAUUGUUUUUCGCGAAAAAUUAAGGUUAUGUUAAAAAAAUCUAUGCUAAAGGUUAACGCUUAUCUAGCGUGUAAUUUUCUUCAUCCUACAUCUCUGGAAAUCGAUUUAAAAACCUUUGCAACACCAAAUAGCAUUAUUGACGGAGGUGUCAACCUUAAAGAAUGGUAUAAAGAAAAAGUAUUAGAUAAAUUGACUGUAAAGCUAAGUGAAUUUGCAGGUAGAAAUUCAGGUUGGGCUUUACAUGAAGUGCUUUAUUUUAAGGUUAAUAUUAAUUCAUAUAUUCCUUUGAAUGGUGGAGGAUUUUCAACAUUUGUUGAGCUUCCCAAAUUUAUAGCAACUAAACAUGCAGUCAUCAAUGUGCGAAACAAUGAUGAAUAUUGCUUUCUUUGGGCGAUAAUGGCAGCUAUAUAUCCGGUAGCAAUAUCCACAUUUCAGUACAGUUUUAAAUUAUGA